GAGAUUCACAAUCGUCAGGACAGCAUCUCUGAAGAAUAUUCCGCAACUUGUUUAUUUUAGUUCACCGAUUUUAAUCACCCAAGACUUAAUCAUGAACCGAGGAGGAUCAAGCUAUUCCGGAAAGCCCGACAAGGAGUUUGAAAUCAAGAAUUCCGACAUGAGCAAAGAGAUGGAAGAUGACGCCGUCGAACUCGCGUUGGCAAUGCUUCGCGAUAAACAGAACAAACCACUCGAGAAGGACAUCGCUGCCGAACUCAAGAAGGAAUUCGACACAAAGCACGAGCCAACCUGGCAUUGCAUUGUGGGUCGUAACUAUGGCAGUCACGUGACACAUGAGAAGAAUCAUUUUAUCUACUUCUACGUCGGACGGACGGCCAUUCUUCUCUUCAAAUCUGGCUAGCUACUGGGUAUCGACCAUAUAGAAUCCCUAAAUAACAAUUAUAAUAAUAAUAAUAAUAGCCAUUUUUUUUUAUAAAGCGCUUUUCACAGAAUGGCUCAAAGCGCGUUACAGCAUAUUAUUACCCCGGUCAUUGGAUUCAUUUCAAUUCAGACAGAAUUUAGAAAAAUCGGAUAUCCGGCAUCAAGGAAGACAUCAUAACCAUAUACUUUUGAUAAACUUAUAGGAACAUCGGAAACCGGCAUUAAGGAAGACAUCAUAACCAGAUACUUUUGAUAAACUUAUAGGAACAGCGGAUAUCCGGCAUCACUAAGACAUCAUAAAAACCGACAUGUGUGACAAUGAUUAUACCGAAGUAACCGUACAUAGAAGCAUCAAUUAUCCGGCAUCAAGAAAAACGUCAAAUCGAAGUUCUUUACCUUAAAUCACUAACCUUAGAUUAAAAACCUAAUCCCGACAUAGACAUAAAAACAGACCAAUUUCAGGCAAAUGAAUGGAAUGAAAUCAGAAUACCCCUAAAGAAAGAAUGAACUCAACCUCAGUAUGUCAUCAUGCCGUAGUCGAUCAGAUGUCGAAGAUUCCGGUUAUGAAGAUAUCCGAAGAUUGUAUUCUCUCACAAAGUUACUAAACACUAGUCAAAUAUGGCUGUUGGUCUAUAAUAUAUAAUCAUUAAAUUUUGUAAAUCUGUAAUAAUUCUAUGGAGUGCACGAUUGCUCCCGGCUGAGUAUAAUUAUAUUCUCAUAAUUCUUACGCCGGACAUCGAUGACCAUGAUGACGAUAACGAUGGUGACGGCGUAUCAGUCUACAAUCAUUACUAUCAUAGUAGAUAAAGAAAAUCAUGUUUUUGCAAAUUUCGCUUUUUAUUUAAUGAACAUGAUAGAUAGAGAUGUUUAUAGUAAAUAUUAGAGAUUGAAUUUAAGGUGAAUGGAAGUCAGCCGACAUAUUUAUGAAUGGUACUUUUUCAAGAUUAAAAGUACAUCAACGUACUAUGAUCUUGUUUGUAAAAAGAAAAAAGAGAAUCUUAUAAAAGUAGGCCUAUCUAUUUCAAUUUUGAUUGUAUGUUAUAGAAUAAUCAUAACUUUCAUGUUAAUGAUGACAUAUUGAUACCGAUUGAAGGGAUUUUUCGAAACCAGUUUAUGAAACCGUUAUGGUUGCAGCGAUCAAUAACAUAGAUAUCAGAAAAAUCACCCGUUCCUUAACUUGCAGCAUCAGAUUAAUUGAUUUCUCAUAACUAAUUAUCUUCUAUUGACAUCUAUUGUAUAUUAAACAUGAAUUCAAAGAAAUAA